AUGAUAUCUUCCAGAUCUAGUCCAGGUGGAACGCCCGGACCAUUUGGUCGAAUUCAGCAAAAGCAAAAUUUUAGUGAUAUUGCGAAAGAAAUUAAUAAACUAAAACGAACUAACCGAGCAUCGUUAUUAAAUAAGAAGGAAAAUAGCAAACUAAUAGAAACAAUAGAAUCACAAUUUCCAUUAAAGUUAAUUCAGUAUAACUUCAACGAGCAAUCACAGAGUAAAGUACCUUCAACUGCGACAUUUGAGCAGCAGCAAGACGAGAAUGUUGUAAGACAUGAUAAAGGAACGGAUGCAACGAUUGUAAAAUCUGAUCAAUUAUCUCGAAAUGAUGAAAAUUCCAUCAUAAAAUUAUCUGUAAAACAACGUGCGCAAAUGUUCGAAACAGUAUUAGCUCAUGCUAAUCAAUCAACCAUUCCUAUGCAUAAUCAAAGAUUUGUCAACAAAUUAAAUAAUUAUUCAUCGAAUUCUAUCAUUCAGAGGAAAAAACAUUGUGCUGGAACACCAAUGCCGAAAAAUCAGCAAACUUUUGCAACGAUAUCUAUUCCUAAUAAAUAA